AUGGCUUCGUUUCUAAAGAUCGAUUCAACCAACCUCGUUCAAGAUGGCAUAUGCUAUUCAAUCGAGUAUAACGUUGAUGCAACGCAGUUCUGGAACAAUUCGUUUAAGAUCGAAGUACCGACAGCAGCUACAACAUCCACUAUCUCUAUAACACUGUCUGAUGGAUUAUACUCAUAUUCGGAUAUCAAUCGAAGCAUUCGGACAGCUCUCGUAAAUUCUGGUGCCUAUCUAAUUCACGGUUCCGGUAAUAACGUCUUUUAUAUCCAAUUGAGUGAAAAUAGUGUUUAUUACGCAGCUCAAUUUGAUUUCAGUGCUACCCCAACGUUUCUUCCUGCCGGCUUGACCCGUCCUGCUUCCUGUCUGUAUAGCGCUGGUGGAACGGGAUUACCAACUACGUCCCGUGUUCCUCGUAUCAUUAUUGAUAAUGCUGCAUUUGGUAAGAUUGUAGGUCUGACGAUCGGUACAUAUCCUGCCGUCCCUGCUACUGUGUCAUCUGCACAACUAUCGAACACUAUUCCUCAGAUCAAUCCGGGUUCGAGCUGUGUUGUACGAUGUGAUAUUAUUAAGAGCGAAUACGUAGCUUCUGGUGGUAUCUUGAGUGCUUUUGACCGCGGCGAUGCCCAUGUAGGCCAAUUGAUUUCAUACAAGCCGAGUCAGUAUGCAUGGAUGAAUUGCCACAAUGGCGCUCGUUCCUCGAUUACCAUCAGCAUCUUUAAUCAAAAUGAUCUAAAGGUCAAGUUGCGUGAUACAUCGGUUUCGAUCAUGCUUCCUAAAAAGUAA